UGUCAAAUAGUAAAAAAAAAAAAAUCCCCAAUCCCCCUGCCUAUCGCGUUUCCCCACCCCCGAUCCGCCGCUCCCCUCGCCCUCCUCCGCGCCGCGACCGAUCUCCACCUCGACGGCCGCCUGCGCGCCGCCACCGAGUCCUCCGCGGCUGCCACCACCUCCUGAAUCCGGCCUCCCACCACCCCAUCGCACGGUGGCCUCCGUCGUCGACAGUUUGUCUCCUUUCUCCCCUUCAUCACCGAGGGACAUCUCCAUCUAGGAAAAAAAGAUCUGGUUCAGAGCUAGGAGACAUAUAAAGGCUCAGAUUGGUGAUUCUUACUAACAGUAGGCUGCUGACACUGCACUAUGGCGUCUAGACGCAAUGUUCGGGGGUAUGCUCCCCUUCCUACAGAGGACAGGGAUGACAGCAAUCUUACUGAUGAUGUUGACCUUCGGUUCACUUACACCCCAAAAUCCCUCAGGAAAAUCCCGUGGAAGUCAAUUGCCCUGGCACUAUUCCUCCUCCUCCUAGGAUGUUCGCUUCUCUUCCUGUCAUAUUUUAUAUUCACAGGUCACAUGGAGGGGGAUAACUCUCAGGCAUAUGGUCUCUUGUUCCUGGGCAUCCUUGCCUUCCUUCCUGGUUUUUAUGAGACUCGAGUUGCUUACUAUUCCUCGAGAGGAGCACCAGGGUAUACCUUUGCAUCUAUUCCAGAUUAUUAACCUUCCAUUGUUUUCAUUUGUCUCACCAAGGGACAGUGGCGAUAGAACAUGGGCAAAAACUUCAGGAUGCAGGAAUCAAAAUGAGCUCUUUAUUUUAUUACCACUAAAAUGUUAACAUCUAAAUGAAGUCAGCUGCUGACUUCUGUGUUCACCCGAUGGCAUUGCUCACCAGGUGUCACUUAUCUGUGCUGUACAGACAAAGUAAACUCGUGAUCAUACUCGUCUCUUGCUACAUACUCCAGAUGUAGAUGGCUGUUUGUCACCAGGAGUAGAUGGCUGUUUUAAAGUUGCCGCAUAUUUUUAUUCCACAAUUCCAUUGUAUUUUGUGUUGGUAUCAUUAAGGUUUUUAUUUUGGCUGCAGAAAUAGUAUAACCAUACUUUCAUCUAUAUAUUCAAGCUCUUAUAGCAGCUGAUGGCAAUGUGUAUCAUUUUGUACUGCUUUUCUCUAUGAUGAUAUUUGUAUGGAUAAAUUCCUUCUGUGCUACUGGAAGGAAAUCAA